GCUAACUUUGUGCUGCUAUACUUUUCGUAUCGCAGGGAGGAGUCGUUUAGUUUCUUGAUUAUAGUGACAUGUUUAUUGAUUUAUCACAACCUUAAAGCAUGUCUAGCCUCCUGUCCGAAUAAUGUAGGUCGUAUAUAUCGCUGACGUAAACCUAUCGACGAUCUUAUCGCAGCAUUUUUCGGCUGAAGACCGAAGGAAACAGGAAGGCGGAACAAGAUAAGCAGCCGAUACCAAAAGAAGCUCUUCAGGAAGAAGUCUGCACAGGUUGUUUACGCGCCCUUAAGACUGCCUCCAUCCCGACAGUGAAUAAUCUACCAUGUCCAUGGCCCUGAAGCAAGUCUUCAACAAAGACAGAACGUUCCGGCCCAAACGGAAGUUCGAGCCCGGCACACAGCGCUUCGAGCUGCACAAGAAGGCGCAGGCGUCUCUAAACGCCGGCCUGGACCUGAAGCAGGCCGUGCAGCUGCCUCACGGCGAGGACCUCAACGAUUGGGUAGCUGUCCACGUGGUGGACUUCUUCAACCGAAUCAACCUCAUCUAUGGCACCAUCAGUGACUCGUGCACCGAUCAGACCUGUCCUGUCAUGUCCGGCGGGCCCAAGUACGAAUACCGCUGGCAAGAUGAGCACAAGUACAAGAGGCCGACCGCCCUGUCGGCGCCAAAGUACAUGAGCCUGCUCAUGGACUGGAUUGAGGUACAAAUCAACAACGAGAAUAUCUUCCCCACCAACGUCGGUACUCCCUUCCCUAAGACCUUCAUGCAGGUGGCUAAGAAGAUUUUGUCACGUCUGUUCCGGGUGUUUGUCCACGUCUACAUCCACCACUUUGACCGUGUCUCCCAGAUGGGGGCCGAGGCUCACGUCAACACCUGCUACAAGCAUUUCUAUUACUUCGUCACUGAGUUCAACCUAACGGACCACAAAGAACUGGAACCCCUGAAAGAGAUGACUUCUCGGAUGUGCCACUGAGAGGCCUGUGGACACGGCAGGAGCAUCCAUCCGUCCAUCUCCAAUCAUCCAUCCAUCUCCAAGACAGAAUCAGAGAGUGAAGCAGAAGCAGAGAGUCUAUUUUUAUAUUUAAGUACUGUAAUCUAUUUUAUCCGCAUUCUGUAGGUUUUAAAGCAAGAACCUUCUCAUGUGAGGCAAUCGGUUUCUUAAGAAAAACAAAAGCAGACAUGUUAUCAGAGAAUUCACAGUAUUAAGCUGGGUUUGCUUGUGUUGAGGCUUUUCUGUUUUAUUGUCAUUCCAAAAUGUUAUCUUCUUCCUGUCAGUUUAAAAUGAUGUAAAAUUUGAUUUUAAUUUCUUACUGUAAGUCUUAAAAAUCACUAUGUUGUUCCAUUAAAUUGAUCUUUAA